UACCUCAGUCAGAAAACCCGCUGGGACUAUCAGUACGGAAAAAUACGUUCUCCUAGCGAUAACGUAUGUUCUGGUCGUGUUACGUCGUGUAAGACUAUACGCGCGCGUCAGAUUUCGCGAAGUAUUUUACGUCUUUUCGUCGGAAGUUUCGUGCCCGCCUGACUGUUGUUUGACCGUCGUUUUUCGCCGUGCUUUUUGGAAGGAUUGUUUCCGGCGGACUAGUGAGUGCGGCGGAAGUGAACACACACAAACACACAUGACAAAACAGGUGCACUGGGUCGACUCCGACUAGAUGCAGGGCAAGCUCUUGUGGUGCCAUACAGUGACCGAGGAGGCAAAGAAACGACGUGAAUGUGAAAUACCUAGUGCGAAAUUCUUGCUGAGGAAUCCGAAUGGUAAUAGGUAGUUGCGCAUCGGGGGUGCUCUUUUGUCACGCGCAUCAGGGUGCAAUUGCACAUAAAACUGGGUGUAAAAAGUGUGACAUUUUCGAGUGAAUCGGAAUGUGCUGACAACUGGCUGGGUGUCGGAGGGGGAGUGAAAAUAGUGCAACGAAGAAGAAAUUAUAAUCGACAGAAAUCCGCUUUGCACAUUAGUGUUGGAUGAGAGUGCCGUUAUACGAUAAAAAAGGGGUUGUGAAGCUGAAGAGGGUUUAGUCGGGCAGUAGUGGAAACAGCAGCAGGAAAAAUUGUUUUUGUUUUCAGUCUAUUGGCAAGCAACGUCGGCCAGAGCUCUGCAAGGAUCGAAAGAACAAUUGGCUCUACAAUUGUAAACAGGAAGGAGACACUAUCUCAUAGAACCGCGACUGCUAAAAGCACUACCGAUAGAACAUCUGGUCGCAAUAAUUCACCGCAGGGUUUUUUUUUGAAUCUGCGCUUCUGCACUUCCCAAUAACAAGAACCACAUUUCCGGCUUUGCACCAGAGUAGCUACUAAGCCGAUCCCAGGCAAAAGAGCCAUCUAUUUGAUUCAACAGACAGGAAGCCGCAACUUUUCGCGGUUCUGCUUCACUUUCGACCAGAUUGUGACCGAUUCACAAUUCAUCCGGGCCCGGCCGACGUCGGAAAAGUGCAAAGCAAUAACGAGGAAGCAAUCGGUGUCCCCAUUUCAUCGCAUCUCGUGGAUAAUUGGCCCGAUACAACAAAAAAACCAAACAAUCUCAUCUUGAAACAACAGCACCAUUUUCAUCAUCGUCAACCAGUCGUCUUCGACCCCAGCGUUGUCAGGUUACGGAGCCAAGUGCCAAUCGUCCGCAUCGCCAAUCACGUCAAAUGAGGGGGUUUUCCUGGUACACAAAACAGAAUUGGAAAGCGAACAGUGCUCUUAAUCCCCGUCCGUCCGGUGUGCAACAGGAGCAGUAUCCCAUUCAAGCACACGAUUGUCUUGCGGGUGGCCUCCAUCCACCAUCUACGAAUAUCUCGUUUCGAGGGCGGUUGAAAGAGUCACGUCAGGCGGCCUGUUCUGCUAGAGUAACAAGCUGAACGCCUACUCUGCAUCAUCGAAGACCAAACAAGUGGAUAAUUUAAUCAAGAAACAAGAGAUGAUAUUGACGCUACCAACGAACAUGUGCCGAGGGUACGGAAAAAUAAUGGGAAAAGAUUUUCCAUCCAAUUCGGGGCGGAACUGAAUGGGAAGCAAACAUUUGUGGACACCGUUUGAAACAAGAAAGAUCAACGUGCUCUGGCAAACAGGAUAUAAUAUUGUAAACGAGCGAAACCUGUGUUGCCACACAACAGAUUAAAUAAUUAUAUUAGAAAAAGUCACUCAAAAAAAUUGGAGUUCCAGUUUAAGUACGGUACUAGAUAGGACCCCGACUUCUUUUGUACCAAUUUCUUAAAUACGGAUAUUUGCUUCCAUUCAGUAGUUUACCAACUUUCACUAUAAAGGAGAAACAGUAUAAUUUUUAUUGGAUUUACUCGCCUCAGUGAGUCAAUAUUCCGAACCAUAGUGCCCGAGUAAUAGAGCCAAUUGCUAGCGCACGAACAAGUUUCAACCGAAGGAAUGGGGGCAUAAUAGGGCCCCUAAUUCAGUUGACUUUCUUUAUGUAUGGAUCCAACAGUUUUACCACUGUUGUCGACCUUGAUUGCACCCUCGAUACCGGCUACCAUCGCGGCUGCUUCACAAACCAUAGUGAUAGCAGCAGCAGGGAAUGCAACCGCUACUACGGUUGCAGCCAUACUCAAUGCCACAGUGUUACCCGAUUUCCUAGAAUAUCUAGUGAACGGUAGCACCGUCCAUGCAUCAGCACAGCCAGCUCUCGCCGAUCACCUAGCACCAGCUAACCUAACACAGCCUUCCGCCGCUUCAACCAGCUCUCUAUUCGAACCUAGCACCGAGAGCACAUUCCCUAAUCAAAGCAGCAACCAUGUUGUAUCCUUCCAGACAAUCAUCAUUAGCAUUAUUCUGUUAGCUGUAAUUUUCGCGACGAUCGUUGGAAACGUGCUAGUCUGUGUGGCGGUUUGUCUAGUGCGGAAACUGCGGCGACCGUGUAAUUAUCUGCUGGUAUCGCUAGCAAUAUCCGAUCUCUGCGUAGCACUUCUGGUGAUGCCCACGGCACUGCUGUACGAGGUGCUCGAAGAAUGGAAAUUCGGAACCGUGUUCUGCGACAUCUGGGUGUCGUUCGACGUGCUCUCCUGUACUGCGUCUAUCCUGAACCUGUGUGCCAUCUCAGUUGACAGGUACUGGGCGAUUACCAAACCGCUCGAGUACGGUGUCAAACGAACCCCUCGGCGUAUGAUCUUGGUCAUCGUACUAGUCUGGCUCGUCGCAGCCUGUAUAUCGCUCCCACCACUCUUAAUAUUAGGCAACGAACACAUGACCAAUGGCCAUCCGUCCUGUUCGGUAUGCCAGAACUUCUUCUAUCAAAUCUACGCUACCCUUGGUUCCUUCUAUAUCCCGCUGGCGGUGAUGCUGUUCGUGUACUGUCAGAUUUUUCGCGCAGCAAGACGAAUUGUCAUGGAAGAGAAGCGCGCCCAAACGCGACUAGAAACGGCCAUUAACGGGAAUGCGACGCCGGAGAAAAAACUGACCCCGUGUGGUAAAGUGUUGGUCAGUACGCCUCACCAUAAGCGACUUCGCUUUCAGUUGGCCAAAGAGCGAAAGGCAUCAACCACCCUGGGCAUCAUCAUGUCCGCUUUCGUCAUCUGCUGGCUGCCGUUCUUCAUCCUGGCACUGGUCCGACCGUUCCUGGGGGAUGAUCAUCCAACACUGUCCUCGCUAUUCCUGUGGCUAGGGUAUGCCAACUCGCUGCUAAAUCCUAUCAUAUAUGCUACGCUAAACCGCGACUUUCGGAAACCGUUCCAGGAGAUUCUGUACUUCCGUUGCUCCAAUCUGAACAGCAUGAUGCGGGAGGACUUCUAUCACAGUCAGUAUGGUGAGCCCUGCUCACAACGGUUUGUCAUAACCAACGACGGUGGUGCGAGGGAAAGCUUCCUGUGAAGCUCGUUCUGUAUAGAUUUUAAGGUAUAAGCAGAGCCCGAUCAACGGUAUCCGUUGGCCUUGUUCAGACGUUUAGUAACUAGGUGUUGUGCGUGUAUGUGUGAGUGAUGGUAAGAUUGAAGUUCCUUGAAAGUGGGGUGUUGGUAUUUAGGACUAGUGUGUGCCGAAGGGAGGAGCGAUUGAUACUCUAGCUUAUUUGAGAAUAUAACUAGAGUAAAUGAGCUUAUUUUAGCCUAUUUCCUGCUGUCAUUCUACAAACUUCAACUCAUUAUUUCGAGAAUAAUGGCGACUUCAAAGCUUUUGCUGAAAUUAAGCAGCAAAUCGGCCGACUAUCAAAACGAUUAAUAGUUCGAUUGUUACACAAACACUUAUGAUAAUUUAAUAUGGUCCUCUGCCGACAUACGAUCUGGAACGGGAUGUGUGGAUACGAAAAAAACAGGCAUAUACAGCCAGUCCGUUUAAAAUGUGAGGCAAAAGGAGAGGCUAUGUGCAACCAACGAUGAAAUGAAGAGAAAAAAAGAAAAUAUCCCGUCCCAACAUAUGACCGACGAAAUCAGUUGAAAUCGAUCUAUUUCCACCAAUAAAAUCGGUCGAUUAGUUGGUAUUUUAAUUCUGGACCCAAGGGGAACGACACUCCGUGGUUUCUGGAUGUUACAAUAUAUAAUUCUGAACGGAUUGAUAAAUAUUGGUAUUGGUUAAUUCGGAAUGGAUUCGCAUUUCCAACGUUGCUUGAGAAUGGUUCAGAAUGGCCGAGGAUGGUCUGAAGCAAAGAGAAUAGGGAAAGAGACAAAGAGUGAAAAUCAGUCAAAACGGCAACACUCCCUUUAUGAUGAUUUCAACACUAGAAUUUUGGCAACCGCUUCCACAGGCAGCACUUUAAAUGACUCCUAUUAUAUUUUGAAAAGGAACAGUAUGUCGAUCGUUGGAUUUGUUUAUCAAAUGAUGUGCAUUUUGAAACAAAGAGAUGAAAUAAUUUUAAAGCUUGUUUUUACUAAUACAUAUACUCUAGAAUGCACCUUAAAAUCAUGAUUGAACUAAAUUCUGACGAAAAUUCAAAUUUCUUUUUUGAUAGAUGAACAAUACUUAUCUCCUCCAACUCAGGCAUGAGUAAUGUUUAUUUACAUUGCACGAUUGGUCUGCUCAAUAAGGUAUUUUCGGCUUCACACUAUUCGCCUCUUUCCCUAUUCUCUUUGGUCUGUGCCACAUUUUUUUUAAAUGUCUGUAGAAGAAUAACUAAAUGUCUGUAAAAGUCUGUAGCAGAGUUAAAAAUAUUCAAAUUCAUUGAAUGAAAAUUGAUCAAAUUCAGCCGCAUUCAUUUUCAAUAUUCAGUGACGCAGCUGAAAACGUCAAACGAAUAAACCGCUCAUUCAUCCAUGCAGAUUUUGAUUCGUCUCCGAUUAUUACACGAAGCGGCCGUGCAGCAACGAAUCAAACGUAUCAAAGUAUGCCCUGGCACAAUGUAAGCGAUGAUGAUUGUUGUUUCAUAUACUUUUCCGGCAUUUGAAAACAUUUUCCUAUAUAAUUAGUGAAAUGAAUAUAUUGUACGAUAUUCAACUGAAUGAAUAACAUGGAUAUUUGAAUGAAUAUUUUUUCUAUUCACCGCGAGUCGCACCAGGUUCAUUUUCAGCCGUCAAAAAAGAGCUUCGAUUAUUUUUAACUCUGGUCUGUAGAUGGUUGUGUAAAUCCUAGUUACACUAAAAUUUUACUUUAAAAUUAGAUUGAAAGUAGAAUUUCAUUGUGAAGGAAUCACUCGUAUUCGAAAACAGUUAUUCUAGUGCAAUUUUACUAAACAUUAUUACCCUUUUAAAAGUCUGUAGAUCUCUGGCUACGUCUGUAGGAAACAUGAAAAGUUUGUAAAAUAAAGACAUGUCUGUAAAUCUGGCAUCGCUGGGUCUGGAGCUACAUUUUCGAUCGAAAUUUAUGUUUUGACAGUUUCAGUGCUCGAUGAAAUCAAAACAAAACAUUUCCAGCAGCAUAACUGCAGCAACAAAUCAAAACAAAAACAUAAAUUUUGUUGCCAGACUUAUUGAAAGAUACGAAUAUAUCGGUAAAAAAAACUACCCAUUUUAUGUAUUCAAAUUGCACAUUUUCGGAAGUUAUUCGAGCUGUCAAAAAAUGGGUAUUUUUUUGUUUCUAACAAUGAGUACUUUUUAUCCAUUUCACAACUACUCGAUGAGGUAAUGUCAAUGGGUAUAUUGAUCUUGAUAAUGGGUGAAAAAUCCUUAAGCACUAUUUGAAGCGAGUUAACCUGCAAACUAAGGAUCGUAGUGGAACCUGCAAAUUAUCGCCCUGCAUCGGAGUCCGUGGCGGAAACGAAACAUUUCGGCAAUGCUCCGAAAACAACGUCUGUUUAGACUACUGAGGAUGAUGAAAAUAUGCGCCAGUUCGGCAUUUUUAGAGCAGCCAAAAGAUCCAGCCAUCAAAAAUAUAUCCAGUUGGCGGUUUUAUUUUGUUAAGUACUUUUAGAAUAGGAUUUCUAUCUAGAUUCCUAUACGUUUAUAAGGAAACAAUAAUGUGAAAUGAAUGUUAUUUUAUGUUUUUUUUUUAAUUCAGGAAUAAUUCUAUUGACAGUAUUUUUCAUUCUGGCGCGAAUUCCAUGAAUGGGUAUUUUUUACGCAUUUUGUCGUAACAGUUCUGCGAAAAAUAAUGGGCGAAACAUACCCAGGUUGACGUACAAGGUCUGUACUCAUUUAUGGGUACAAACGCUUUACCCAUUCAAUGGGUUAUUCCCCUUUUAUUGUAAAUUAGUAGUUUUCUAUGCAUUAAUGGGUACUUGAUUUUAUCAUUUUUUUCCCUAGGGACCCUCUAAGAACGGUUGGUUUCAAAAUCGUCCAAUGAAGGACGUUCGUGGGACCAAUUUAGACAACGUCCAAAUAACUGUUCAACGAACGUCCAUCGAUGGACCCGUGUUGAACGAUUUUGAAACAAUUUUUUGGACGUCUCAGUGGGGAAUAUAGAGUAUGAAGAGUUGCCAGUUACAUCAAAUUGGUUGGAAUUCGGGCAAAAUUGAAUUGAGAUUGGAUCAGGAGACCCUAAUAAAAAUAUUUUACACGAACCUUUAACAUUAACCCGUAUACUGCAACAAUUCCACAUAUUGUUUGGAUGAUACCCUGAACUAGAAAAACUCUAGAAAGAGAACUGCGGAGACUCCAUUUUGGAUCGAUUGGAUUCGCGUUUAGCUGUCAAAAAACGAAUCCAAUCGAACAUUGCCUAUCCUUAUAACAUUGGACGUGUUGCCAUACAAUGCCGGGGCAUACGUUGCCAAAAAUGCUGUUUUUCUCUCCGCAGUUCUCUUACUAGAGUUUUUCUAGGCGAUAUACAGACAUUGACAGUAGUCAACAUAUGGCCCUUAAGCCUAGUCGCUAAUAUCGCCCACGCUCUUGCAUUGGGUUUUUUUUGAUUUCAACAAAGGCUAGGAAAAACUUGGAUAUAUUCGUGUAAUUUCUUCGAAUUUUUUAACAAUACUCGAUUUGCUAGCAAAUUGUUUAAAUUUGUUAAAAUUAUCGGAAAAAUGAAAAUUCGCGCAAAAUUGAACGGAAUAUAACAAUUCGAUCAUGAAUCGACCAAAGGGCCGUAGUCGCAAUGAUAUCGAAUCGAGAAAAAUAGCUUUGAAAAUUCGGUUCAGAAAAUUAAAUCGUAUUUUAACAGUGUUUGCAUACUGCGCCUUCAAAUGUAUUGAAAUACUUUGAAACAAUACUAGUUUUCGGAAGCAUAACUAAAAUGUUUUAUAUAGUAACGUUUUCGUUGAUAAAAUUCAAAACAGAUUAUUUCGCCGAGUGUUGUUAUAAAAUGUUGAUUAGGCCAUUUUUGAGACGCCCUCUUGUUUUGACGACUCUCAAUUUCGCCCUGCAGUGUCGCCAAAAAUCAAAAAUCAAAUGUGGCUUUCGCCGUGCUCGCUGGAGGGGAAAAUUUGUUAUUCCCCCUGGGCGUAACAAGCACUUGGUUUUUGUUUAGGGCGAUUCUGUUUACGGACCUUGUAAACAAUGAUGCUGUCAAUUUCGCCUGUAUACACUACCAUAGAAAUGCAGAGGCGUAACCCGCCUGGCUUUUUGUUUACAGUUGAAAGUCGGAUCCGCCGUUUUGUUUUUUAUUGAUUUUCAUGAAGUGUGAAAUAUUUAUAAAUGAGUUUUUAUAUUUUUUAUAAAGUAUUUUUACUCCUCUUUCAGAUAUUAAUGAAAUCUCUGUUUGUGUACAUUUGUUAGUUUCGCCCAUUUGUCGGAUCACGAUCGAAUUAUUCUGAAGUGACGUUACCCUCAACCGGAAUUUUACACAGAUUAAAUCUGGCGAUUAACAUGCUGAUGAAAAUUGCUGUUGUAGAACAUUGCAUGAAAAUGCUUAGCCUCACUUUUAACUGUACAGAAAAUUUGUAAACAUAAACUAUUUUUUAAUUUUUUGGCUCCUCCACAGUACAAGAAACUGGUUUCGAGUCGAUUUUUAUUUCAAGCACCUUGUAAACAAGUUCGCUGAACUGUCAUAUGUUUCUUGGAUUACGUCAUCAUGCAAUAUCCCGUGCGCAUAGAUCAGAAAGCUAGCUUCAAUCUAGUACCAACUACUUGGACCGUAGCUGGAAUUCGAAUCGCCGCUCUCAUUACUAGAUAAAAUCCUAAUCUAGAAUUCUAUAUCUACUGGCGAAAUUCAAUCCAGUGUCAACACUUCCCCGGCUUGUGGUACUGAUGUAUAGGCCUAAGAACCUCCUAAAUACCCUUCUGAAUUCAGGAACUAUACUUUAAAUACUAUUAGGCAUAAGCGAAAUCAACCAAAACAGUAUAACUUAACAGAAUGCUAUAAAUACAAUUGUAACGCACAAAGCUCUUGUAAAAAAUAAAGCAACUGUUAAAAUACCCGCUAGAAAGGUAGACACAGUACUUUGAGAAUUCUUUCAUACAUUUUGUUUGCGCUUGCCGAAUAAGAGAAUUUACCGAAACUAUUAAUUUUGAUGUUCUAAUAUAUCCAACGAGAAAGGCAUUUUGUUAUUAGGUAGCUUCAUUGGAAAUGUUAAAAACGAAAAUUUAUUUUUAACGUAUCGCAGACAAGCGCAGAUAAUCUUUAAACGUAGAAAUGACAGCUAGUAGGACGUAAGUGAGAAAAAAACAUCACGAUUCAUUCUAACAAAGAGUAAGUAUUAAAUGAAUGUUUGUGAUAAAUGACAUUGAAAAUCAACUUAACGAAUUGCAGGAAAACAUAAUACAAAAACGCUGUAGUCUGUAAAUUAACCGAAAUUUACGGUGCAUGGUUAACCAAAGACAUCUGCUGACAAGUAGAAAAAAUUUAUCUAAUAUCUAAAAACGUUUGAUAUUUCACUUGUAAAAAUGCGAUACCUGUUACAUGUGUUGUAUAAAUGAAGGAUCGAUGUUAGGAUUGGUAUAGAAGUGGCGCAGAGAUAUUUCCCUAUCCGGACAAAACGGUAUAAAGUGAAUGGUUUCGAUAUAUAAAACUCGUUGGAAGAUAAGAAAAAUCUACGACCUAUUUUGUAUUAUUUAACACAUGAAUAGUAUAUAAUGAAUACGACAAAGUGAAACCUAAGCAGGCUUACCUAGAUCGAGAUCGUUUGUAUACGGUACGAAUCACCCAUCAUUGCCGGUUGGUGCCGAACAGUAAGAUAUUAUUCAUAUUAUCAAAUGUACAUCCAUACGUAUAUUAUAAUGUACUCAAAAAUGUGAAAAAUACAAUCAA